AUGGUUCAAGUACUUGCAGCCCCGUCCCUCUCUCAGAGCGGCAAUGCCAUGCUCGAGACAGGUAGCGGCAGAUCUGAAAACAUGGUCGUGUCAAGGGAGGAGCACGCUCAGAGAGCCCGAGAGUUGAUGAUGAAGAGAGGCAUGAUGAGGGCGCCUCGGCGGGGGUGGUCCCUGACUGAGUAUCAAGGACAGAAUGACGGACCGCAUCACUUCCACGCCGCGAUGCCUACGACCAUCGAUCGCAUCCCGGAACAUGCGGCCGUCCCUCCAAGCCCGGCACCACAGCCCGUCCAGCUGCCGCAGCGCCCGAAGCUACCGCCGCCUCGCCGCUCGCACUCCGUCACGGACAAGGAGCCAGAGCCCGCGAACCAGCCUCGGCUGUCUACUCGCCUCACCCUCCUCGACCUUCCUUCCGAGCUACACUACGCCAUCUUUGACUUCCUCGACCCCAUUGACGGUGCAUGCCUUGGCCUUACACACUCCAAGCUAUAUGACAUUCACCGCCGCAAGAACGGCACCGUCCCGCUGUCAAGCCGAUACUCUGGGCCCAACGAUAUUGAAUGGGCAUGGCGGGGCGCCGGUCCUCUCGUGCACCCGCACUCCAAUGGCAGCAACACUGAGAACGACUUGGAGCGCCUACGGGUCAAGGGCCAGGUAUACUGCCGCAAGUGUGGCAUCUCGCGUUGCGAGCUCCACAGGCACCUGAAAGAUUGGUUUGGCAAGGACGCCGAAUACUGCGAGAUCAAGGAGAUGUACGGCCCGCCGGCCAGACCUAAUGCGAAGGGAUACUGCUUCAUGCGAUCUCCCAAGAACCCCCACUGGUGCGGGCGUCAUGGGGCGAAGAAGACGAUGUCUAAAUGA